CUGCCUGAGUGUCUAUUUAAGCUUUUAUACUCUGGGUCAUUACCGGGUCUGGGCAGCAGAAAGGGAAACUUCAUCACAGUCAGUGUACAGGAGAAAUACAGCUAAAGCUCAGGGAUUUGGCAUUUCAUGAUACUGCCCCUUCUGAAGAGCAAUGGAGGCAAUUUGGCUCUGUGUUGUAUUUCUCACCGGAUCUCUGGCACAACAAGAUAUGGGCAGAAAUGUGUUCCUCUUUCCAAAAGAGACCUCCACUUCAUAUGUGAUCCUAAAGCCAUCGGUGGUAAAAUCCCUAGACAAGCUUACCCUAUGUCUACAGUCCUACAGUGAUCUUACCAGAAGUUAUCCACUCUUCUCAGUGGCCACUACUGGAUCUGGGAAUUAUAACACCUUCGUCAUUGUCUCGUCGCCAUCAAAAGCCUACUAUGUUUAUGUGGACAAUGAAGAAACCAUGAUCAGUACAGGUGCAGAAGUUCUGGACUGGAAGCACACCUGUGUGACCUGGGAUUCAGAGACAGGAAUAAUUCAGCUUUGGCUCAAUGGUAAACUGUUCCCACGAAAGAUUUCUAAGAAAGGCUUCACCAUCAAUGAGAAGACCAGCAUCAUCUUGGGGCAAGAGCAGGACAACUUUGGUGGUGGUUUUGAUCCCAAACAGUCCUUUGUGGGUGAAAUGAGUGAUGUCAACUUGUGGGAUUAUGUUCUGACACCACCUGACAUAGAGAAGCUCUUGCUUAAUAGCAAGGAUGUGACUGGGAAUAUAAUAAGCUGGAAAUCGCUGAACUAUGAAAGCAAAGGUGGGGUCUUCCUUGAUUUAAAACUUCAGUGCAAGUCUUGGACUUAUAUGUUUAACUCAUACCAUCAGUGCUAGUCUAACUAUACCACGGUCAAUUUUUAUUCCUUCAAGAUUUGCUAAAAGGGGCACUUCCCUGUGCUUUUAGUAUAAUGAACAUUCAAAUAUAGUUUCUAAAAAAAUUUACAGUUGGUAAAUGGUCAAUAUAUUUUAGAUGUUUUGUGGUUUUGGAACUACUUGCCUAUCUAUCUGUCUCACUCCAAACAGAAACAUAUGAUGUCUAAGUCACCAGCAAACCCUCUCAUAGUCACUGUCUGUUUCAAACCACUGUAUGGUUUAAUGGGACACUAGCAACAUCAAUUCCUGGAGGGCAAUAGAACAUGAAGCUAAAGAAUUCAAAAGCUACAGUUUAUAAGGCCCAACUGAAUACUAGUAACUAGAAUACACCUGUCUCCAUCAGGGGUUCCCAAAUAGUAAAUCACAAUCUACUAGUAGACCUUUAGGAGGAGUCAGCCUAUGAGUAAGUGCCCCUAUAGGCACGAAACGCGUUAGGUCUUCAUGUCCUAAUAAUUUUUUCUACUUUUUACAUUUGUCUCUUUAUUUUUGGAGACCCUCACACCCUUUGGAUACAGUGUUUUUGUCAAUCCCAGCAACCCAACAUAGCCCAUAUAGUUCUUCAUAGGACCAUUCUUUAUUGUACUUUCCAUUUAGAUGUUUUAAUUUAAAACUAUGGCUGACACCCAGAUGGUUUCUUGCUAAGCUACAGUAGCUGGUAAGUUACCACCCAGGACCAAGGCAGGUAUUUAAUGUACUUACUGGCAAAUUUAUAAUUUUCUGUUCUCCGACCCCCUGCUCAGCCUCUAUCCUCCCUGCUCUAUCCACCAAAUCCCUACCUGACCCAUCCCCUUUUGAUUCAAUCCCCUCACUUGUGUUGCUCCACCCCCCAAUGGUCCCACCUCCCCUUCAAUUCGGCAGAAAAUGUUUUAAAGAAAAAGGCAGAAACCCAAAAGGCAGCACUGAUUUCAUGGUAUAAUGCAAUAAUGCUGCAUUUUCUGAAGAUGGUAGACCCCCAAUGUGAUUCUCAGGUUUGAACCCAUAAUAAAUCUGUCCCCAUAACCCUUACAAAAUGAAGUUAUGAUUUUACUGUUUGGUCAUUUAAGGAUGAAUUUAACUCAAUGAUUGAAUAGAGCGUAAUUCCUUAUAUACUGCUUCACAAUAAAAAAAUGUUCAUUCUC